AUGCCGGAAGACCUAUUGAACCGGACAUUAGGGAGAGCAACGCUCGCAACCCCAAACAAUGCAGCAGAAAACAUAACAAAACAAAACGCCACCUGCCACUCUCUGCUGCUGUGGCAAGGCACUAACCCCCGUGCCCACUCCUCACCCCACUGCCGGCCAUCCCGGGGCUGUCACCGCCUCCCGGCGGAGCGGCUGGGCAUGACGGCCACCUCCCCUGCCCACCGCCCCCAGGCGACGCCCACCGCCCCUAUAAAAUGCGUGUUAGGAAACCAUCCCCCUGUCCCAGCAAACGCCGGUUGCCAGUGGCGAGGGGGAGGCCAGGAGGACAAGGCCAGGCGGGUGGCGGCGGCGGCCGCCAUGUCGUGCCGCAGGGGCUUCCGCAGCCCCUACUACUUGUUUGCCCGUGACCAGCUGCCCGAGUUGCAGCAGCGCGGGCUGCCCGUGGCACGCGUGGUCGACGCCAUCCCACACUGCGCCGAGGACUGGGCGUUGCUGACAGAAGAGGGAAAGAUGGCAUAUAAUGAGAAGGCUCAAAAGUGGAAGAAAAAGAAAUCACAGAAGACAAUAAAGGAGAUGCCUAAUCUGGAUCGUCCAGCACCUGGUUGUCUGACCCCUGUGAUGCACAGAGUUACUUCUUUUCCUGAUGCCUCUGCUAUGUCGUGGAAGAGUGAUCAGGCUGUGGUUGCAGACAUCUUCUAUUUCCUGAACAUUUACAGUCAUGGCAAGCUGCCAUCCCACUGUGAACAGCGCUUCCUUCCUUGUGAGAUUGGGUGUGUCAAGUACUCCCUACAGGACGGCAUAAUGGCUGACUUCCAUCACUUCAUAGAUCCAGAAGUACCACCACGUGGUUUUCGGUACCACUGCCAGACUGCUAGCGAUGCCACUCAUAAGAUCCCUAUAUCUGGAUUUCAUCUUUCACGUACCUGUUACCCAGUUGUCUUACGUGAACUUCUUGAGUUUGCCCAGCCAGACGGAGGUGCUUGGCCUCGUUUUUUCUGCAGGUCUGAUGACAGAUUCCGAAUAACUUGGUGUCUGGAACGAAUGGCUACUGUAGCAGGCAUUGAGAGCCAUCUGGAGCUUCUUACUGUAGAAGACCUGGUAAUAAAACUGUACCAGAAGAAAUAUCAAAAGGAGCCAUCCAAGACUUGGGUGUGUAGAGAGCUAGAUGCUGUCUUGUGGGAUUUUUCCAGUAAUACCAGGUGCAAGUGGCAUGAAGAAAAUGGUAUACUUUGCUGUGCUUUGGCAUCUUGUAAGAAAAUUGCUUACUGCAUCAGUAAAUCUUUAGCUGGCGUGUAUGGAGUCUCACUGACAGCUGCUCACCUACCUCUUCAAGACUGCGAUUCCAGUGGAAAUAGAAAUAUCAGUCGGGUAAUACUGGAUGCUGGACGUUUUCAGAAAAUGAAGGCUGAGAGUUCUGGAUAUGACAGAUAUACCAUUUCUCCAAGUCAGGAUCAAGAACACGUCCCUUCUAGUUGUGAGUUUGAGAUUUCUCCAUUUAUAAAGGGAAGGGUAUUUAAACUUAAUCCACUUGCUGCUUUUUCAAAUUUCUGGGUAGAAAAGAUGUCCGUCAGUGACAUAAAGGUUAUUCAGCUCUGCAUGAGCUGA